AUGAAACGAUCCGUACGAACAGAGGAUAUUCUUGCAUUUGAAGGUGCUUGCCGAAGAGGUGAAACACAAACGGUGAAAGAGUUGUUGGAAUCGGUCGUAGAAGUGGAUCGGACGGUAUUAGUGAAUUGUUCAAAAUAUGAAACUUAUAAUCCUCCAAUAAUGUUUGCAUUAUGGACCAAUCGAAAUGAUAUAUUUCGAUAUUUAUUAAAAGAAGGAUAUGUGGAUGUAAACGCUCAAGAUACAAAAGUAAGAUUAUUAUUAUUACUACUCAGAAAUUUUUUAAAAAUUACAAUUCAGAAUACAUUAUUACAUGUAGCUUGUAUUAAGGGCAAUUUAGAGGCUGUUUCUUUAUUAGUGCAAUAUAAUUGUGACACGACCUUGAAAGAUAUUACUGGAAAAACUGCGUGUGAUCUUGCAGAACAAAGAGGACAUUUAAAACUCAUGACUGUCAUUCGUGGAAAGGAUUUUGCCAAGAAAUUGCAUCAUUCCUUACAAAAACACCUUCACAAAAUUACAUCUUUAACAGAUAUUUUCUUUCAAGCUUUGGAUUAA